GUUUAGUCCGCUCCUCCCAGCAUGCUCACAUUUUCCCGGGAUUUUGCAGAGUGAGGUGAGGAGAGAAUUUAUUCCAACUGGUUCUUUGCAGUCACUUAAAGAGUAGAAAUGAGUUCAUCCGGGGGGUCUCUAGAUGACGAAGACACAUUUAAGAUCCUGGUGGCCACUGACAUCCACCUGGGCUACAUGGAGAAAGACGCGAUACGAGGGAACGACACUUUUGUGACUUUUGAUGAGAUUCUGCGGCUGACCAGAGAUAAUGAGGUCGACUUCUUGCUGCUUGGUGGAGAUCUUUUUCACGACAACAAACCUUCCAGGAAGACUUUACACACCUGUAUGGAACUUAUGAGGAAAUACUGUAUGGGAGACCGCCCUGUCCAGUUUGAGGUUCUCAGCGACCAGUCGGUUAAUUUUAGUUACAGCAAAUUCCCCUGGGUAAAUUACCAAGAUGACAACCUGAAUGUUUCUAUACCAGUGUUCAGUGUGCAUGGAAAUCAUGACGACCCAACAGGGGCGGAUGCUCUUUGUGCUCUCGAUUUAUUGAGCUGUGCUGGACUUGUGAACCAUUUUGGACGUUCCGCAUCUGUAGAAAAGAUAGACAUCAGCCCGGUACUGUUACAGAAAGGGGGAACCAAGAUUGCUCUGUAUGGACUAGGGUCCAUCCCAGAUGAAAGACUCUACCGAAUGUUUGUUAACAAACAAGUCACCAUGUUGCGGCCCCGUGAGGAUGAAUCCAGCUGGUUUAAUCUGUUUGUAAUUCAUCAGAACAGGAGUAAACAUGGAGCCACCAAUUAUAUCCCCGAGCAAUUUCUGGAUGAGUUUUUGGAUCUGGUUAUUUGGGGCCAUGAGCAUGAGUGUAAGAUUGCACCGACCAGGAACGAACAGCAGCUUUUCUAUGUGUCACAACCGGGAAGUUCUGUGGCCACAUCGCUCUCCCCUGGAGAGGCGGAGAAGAAACAUGUGGGUUUAUUACGGAUCAAAAAUAAGAAAAUGAACAUGCAGAAACUCCCUCUGCAAACCGUACGACAGUUUUACAUCGAAGACCUUGUUUUAGCUGAUUUCCCAGACAUAUUCAAUCCCGACAAUCCUAAAGCGACACAAGACAUUGAAAACUUCUGCGUAGAAAAGAUAGAAUCAAUGCUGGAUAUAGCUGAAAGGGAGCGUCUCGGAAAUACUCGUCAGCCAGACAAACCUUUGAUUCGCCUUCGGGUGGAUUACACUGGUGGAUUUGAACCGUUCAAUACUCUUCGUUUUAGCCAGAAGUUUGUGGACAGAACAGCCAAUCCUAAAGAUAUAAUACAUUUCUUAAGACACAAGGAGCAGAAAGAUAAGAAAGAUAACAUUGAAAUAAAUUUUGGGAAAUUUGAAGGCAGGCAGUCCUCAGAAGUCACUACACUGCGGGUGGAGGAUCUGGUGAAACAAUAUUUUCAGACAGCUGAGAAGAAUGUUCAGCUGUCUCUCCUCACUGAGCGGGGAAUGGGGGAGGCCGUGCAGGAGUUUGUUGACAAAGAAGAGAAGGAUGCCAUAGAAGAACUGGUAAAAUUCCAGCUAGAGAAGACUCAACGUUUUCUGAAAGAACGAAACAUUGAUGCUGAAGAGGAGAAGAUUGAUGAAGAGGUUAGAAAAUUUAGGGAAACUAGAAGAGAGAAUACAAAUGAAGAGGAUGAAGAAGUUCGAGAGGCAAUCAACCGAGCCAGAGCACACAGAUCUCAAACCGAGGACAUCAACAUGAGCGAUGGCGAUGAUGAUGUUGGAAUGGGAAAGAAGACCUCCAAGCCAGUCAGCGAUGACUCAGAUGACAACAUUCCAGCACCAACUAGAGGAAGAGGAAGAGGCCGGGCUAGAGGUGGACGGGGACAGGGUGCCACUACAAGGGGAACAUCAAGACGUGGACGAGGGAGUGCUGAACCGCCUUCUAGUGGCCGAGCAUCGAAAGCAGCUGCCAAGAAUAUGUCCAUCUUCGAUGCCUUUAAAGCCUCAUCGUCAAGACAGUCCACAACAAGAAGUGUUCCAGCAAAGAAUUAUUCGGAGGAAAUUGAAGACAAUGAUUCAGAUCUUGAAGAACUUUCUUUCACACCCGCUUCUCAGAAGGAUAAAAGAGCUGUCAGCACCUCUUCCAGCUUCAGCAAGAAAAGCUCCCAGAGCCAGUCAUCGCGAGAUCCCUUCUUCAUUGAUGAUGACGAUGAUGAGGAUGAAAUUAAUCUAUUCAAGAGCUCGGCAUCUUCCAGAAGAAACCGUCGAUAGAUCCCACCCCCCCACCCCCUGUCAACCGUAGUACUGUCUGCUUACUCAUCCUUGUUAAUGUUAUCAGUCUAAAUCUGUGGAGCAUGGACUGCUACUGAAAGGGCAAGUGCCUAUAAUGAGACGUGAUAAUGGGGGUUGAUGACCUGUAUCGAUCUCUUCUUCCUAAGGUUCAGCCAUGUGUGUCAGCAUGGUGUAUCACUGAAUCAAACUGACAUGUUUGUCUGACAUGAUGAAGAAUUUCAUGGGAAAAAAAUACUACUUUUACCUAGUUAAUGUUUUUUUUGUUAAUAUACGUUUGAAGUUAAAGCUGACGGUAUAGAGCCAGUAGAACUACAGGCAAAACCUUUUUGUUUUCAUUUUGGAUAGAAAGAAGGUUAUAGCCCCUGAUGGUUAUUUUUGCCAUCUGUGUCCUAAAGGGGAGAUUUGUUUUAAUUCCCUGCCCCAUAGAUAAAACAGGAAGUAAGUGGAAAUCCCUCCAAAGUGAGGCAAUCCCUGGUUGCCAGUCAGCAGAACGAGUGUCCUCACUGGAAGAUAUGCCCUCUAUUACUGCUCUUGGGAACACCCAAAAUUUGGCAUUUUCUUUUUACUUUCAAUUUCGAUGAUAACAGUAAACAGGACAAAUAGAGAGGUUGAAUCUCCCUGACAGGUUGAAUAUCUCUCCACUGUAUCCAAAACGUUAGCGCUUGGAAGCCUGCCAUGCUAGUUCCACCUACAUCUGAUAUUUUUGUUUUGGUGAAUUGGAUUACUUGUUGGUCUCGAACAGUUCAAUGACAAGACCCUCUUUGUCAGUCAGUGUUCUCUGGAACCCCAGGUUUCCUCCAAAGGUUGCCAAGUGUUCCUUGAGCAAUGAGCCGUUUUACCUGUGAGAUAUGCAACCACUAACCCUAAUUAUGUUUUUAGCCAUUUGUAUGGGGGACAUUCCUGCCACUGAUCACCAAUGUAAGAGGCAUUCUGCUUACUGACAACCACACUAAUGUACCGUUAGUUGUUGAUAUAGCAGGAAUUGGAAGGGGUUCCUGUAGACCUGGAAGUUAUUUUAAUGGUUCCUCCUUAAAAUGUUAAGAAAUGUUGCCCUGUAACAAAGCUUUAUGAUGGUUUAACUGUCUGCAACUGUGUUCUGCUUACAAUAUUAGGCAUUAAUGAGGUGGAGGUGAUCAUAACAAUAGGACAGAGUAAGGCCAACCAAAGACAAAGCGACUUUCUUUCCUUGUUGUCCCCUGUCAACACUGUCAAAAUUCAGCAGGCUGGUUGAUUGCAUGAUCAACUUGGGCACAUUCAGCCUGCCCAUACAUGGUUAGAAUCUUGGCUGUUUCCUGCAGAACUGGCUGAGAUUUGAACAGUCUAUGGCUAGCUUUAGGAAUUCUGGUGUUUUCCUAAGAUAGAUAAGGUUGCAUGUAAUUCAGUUGACUAGCAUCGGCACAAACUGGAUUAUCAGGUUUGGACGGUGUUGUCUUUUAAAUGUUUAAGUAAGUUAACCAAUUUUGAUGCCUUAAGUUGCCCACUCAAGUACUGAUUUUCUUAUUAGGAUUAAGGUGUUUUUAAUAAGGUUUUUCUUAUAAGCCGCCAUUUUUAUUAUUUUGUACUCAAAACACUGUGCAUCCCAUAAAGUGCUAAUUUGAUGAAUGAGAGAUUUAAGAAACAUAAUACUGAUAGGCUAAAGGAAAAGAGUGAGAACAGGGCAUCCAUGAGGACUUACAGUGAAUCACAUUUAUUUCUGGCUGAUGUAAUAAUUCGGUGCACACAAGAAAUAAAGGAUUAGUCCUAAGCAGAGUAGCUAAAGCUUAAAGCAGUAUUAAACCCAAACGCAACACAUUUAUUGUAUUGCAGCUUACCAGUUCUUAGAUGUGGUGGCUGACUGUGUUAGUUUUCUAUUUUCAUCUGGUGAUCCAGACAGUAAGUGUGUUGUUUUACAUGAUUUGCUAUAACUGCUGAUACAGUAUUAUCUGGCGUUUGGCUGCAGUUUGUUAGCACAUCUAAAUCUGCUAGUAGCUGACAAUGCUGCUGUCCAAAUGUGCCCCUAUGCUCCUUCAUCACUGACCAAACACUACCAAAAUGCAAUUAAUAGCAGAAAAGCAACAGCAGACAAUGUAUUGCUGGUUUGGAAGUGGGAAAGCAACACUCCACUGGAGAAUUUUUAAAGCAGAUCUAAACACUUCUAUCCUUUACAGUCCAGGAAGCUGCCAUCUAACCUUGUGUUUGAUCUUCAGUUCCCAUGGUGCUGAAUGCUUGAUCAGUUAUGACACCAGCCAUUUGACAGUUUGGUUGAAAUGCAUAAGCAACUGUAACAGUGUUCAUACAGGAUAGGCCUUGAAUUAAUGUGUUCUGGGUUAAAUAGAUGGAUUUAAUUCCCCCCAAGUUGAAUUAUUGAGAUGCUGUUGCUGUCACCAGUUAAACAAUCACCCAUGUGACCUGGCCCUUAUAAAGUGCUGUUUUAAAGCAGAUAUUCACCCUCCAGGGCAUGUUGCCUCCCAUCCACCCUCCUCCCCUCCACUGCUGAAAUCGGGCAUGCUUCUUUUUUUUGUCCUGUAUUUCCUUUUUUUUUUUAACAAAGCAUUGGCCCGCCCCUCCAUGCAUGUUAUCCACUUAGGUGAACAACGUGCACUUUGCACACUCUGCCUCCUGGGGUAUGUACGUCAUAUACUGUAUCCCAGGAAGAAUAGUCCUUCUACAGGAAGCCACUGGGUUACUGAUGGUGUUGCAAAAGAAGAUGGGGCCAGAAAAGAAGCAGAUCGCAGCAGGAUAACACUGGAUCUGCUGGAUAGGUGAAUAGCUGAAUAGGAGUAUGGAGUUUGAAGAUCUGCUUUAAUUACAGCUAUUCUCCUACCAAGACACACUGAACUUCAUGCAUUGUACAGGACAAAAGCUUUGAAAAUACCUCCACCUUCCAUCAGUGGGGUGGUUACAUGCCUGGUCGCCCACUGUCGUCUUCUCCCCGGCUACUUCCGAGUGCUGUGUUUUUGACCUCUUGAUUAGCCGGGGG